AGCCGCGCCGAGCCCAGGCAGCCGCCGGUCCCGCUCCGCCGCCGUCGCCAUGAGCUUCUUGUUUGGUAGUCGCUCUUCCAAAACCUUCAAACCAAAGAAGAACAUUCCCGAGGGCUCUCAUCAGUACGAGCUGCUCAAACAUGCCGAGGCCACGCUGGGGAGCGGCAACCUCCGGAUGGCUGUGAUGCUUCCAGAGGGGGAGGACUUGAAUGAAUGGGUUGCAGUUAACACUGUUGACUUCUUCAACCAGAUCAACAUGCUGUAUGGAACCAUCACGGACUUCUGCACGGAGGAGAGCUGCCCCGUGAUGUCUGCUGGCCCCAAGUACGAGUACCACUGGGCAGAUGGCACAAACAUCAAGAAACCCAUCAAGUGCUCUGCACCCAAGUACAUCGAUUACCUGAUGACCUGGGUCCAGGAUCAGCUGGAUGACGAGACGCUGUUUCCUUCUAAAAUAGGUGUACCAUUCCCAAAGAACUUCAUGUCAGUGGCCAAGACAAUUCUCAAGCGUCUCUUCAGAGUUUAUGCUCACAUCUACCACCAGCACUUUGACCCUGUGAUCCAGCUGCAGGAAGAGGCACACCUCAACACUUCUUUCAAGCACUUUAUAUUUUUUGUUCAGGAAUUCAAUCUUAUUGAUAGAAGAGAACUUGCACCACUUCAAGAACUGAUUGAAAAACUCACCUCCAAGGACAGAUAAAAGGAAGAGGACUUCUUCAAAUCACUUGUUUCUUUAAGCGAGCGUGUGGUAUUUGUUUUUUGUUAAUUUGUUUUUUUUUAAAAACAAAACAACCCCCCCUAUGCUGUUACCAGUGACAGCUGAGAUCUACUUUCUGUGCUUUUAUUAGGGGAAAUCUUUUCUCUGUUAGUGACAUGUGGUAAAUAGCUUUUUUUUAAUUAUUAUUUUAUUGUUGUUACUCAUUGUGGAAUUUCUAGGAGGUGCUGAGUGUUUAUAAAGGAAACGUGCUUGGUUGGGGGAUUGACUGUGCUGGUGGAUGGGUUCUUGUGUUGUGGCAGUGGUAGCCCAUUCUCAUGAAGUCCCUGGAAGACUUGCUUACAUUCUCUAAGUGCCUUGGCAGACUCACUUCUGAGGUGCAAAGCACAUACAAUACUGAACAUUGCUGGAAACAGAAAAUAUGUACUAACACCCAGACACUUACUGAAACUUGUUUUAAAAAUAUGUAUCUGUGCUUACACACAAAAAAAAAAAAGCCAUAACUUGCUGAAAUCAAUGAUCUCCAGCUUUUAAUACAAAUACUUGUCUUAUUUUUUUAGAGAUGAAUAUAGAAUUUUUCAAAACUAGAUUACUUCUUAUAAAGAAAAGCAAAGUUCUUGCUAAAGCAAAACAGCAAAGGUGGUAAAAUUACACAGACCUUGUGCUUAGCAAGGAGUUCCAUGUCUGCUGCCGUGGGACUUUACAUAGUUGCUUUUAUUUUCUUAGCAGGAAAGCAUCAGUUGGGUCAGCCAGCUUGUUAAGUUCUCCUAGCAGUUGCCAAAUGAGCAGGUAGUUUGCACAAAUACCAUUAGGGAAAAUAUUCCCUGUAAAAGAUUGCACUUGGAUAGUAGUAA